AUGGUUCCAUCGCCAUUGGCAGCCAUAUCCAGGCAUUUCAACCGCCAUUUGACCCUCUCCUUCUUGGUUAUUGCCAUUUCUACCCUCAAUUAUGGCUUUGACCAAAAUGGCUACACGGUCAUUCAGGCCAUGGACCCUUUCAUCAAUCAGUUCGGAGAGUAUGAUCAAGCGACUGGUAAUUACAUACUCUCCCCGAGUUGGCUUUCAUUGUUCAAUUCCUUGAACUACAUCGGCUAUGCUUUUGGUGUGGUUUUUGGAAGUCUUGUCAGCAAUCGCUGGGGUCGCCGAUGGUGCAUGUUCUCCAUGAGCGGGCAUGCUGUGGUGUGCACCAUCAUUGCCGUCACAUCCAAGAGCAAGGUGCAAAUCAUGGCUGCUCGUAUUCUUAACUAUAUUUAUGUUGGGAUGGAGCUUGCAGUAAUUCCAGUAUAUCAAUCCGAGAUUGUGCCUAGCCCUGUCCGUGGGUUUGCCGUCGGAUCAUACCAAUUUGCUUUGGUGUUUGGGGGCUUCACGAUGAACUGCAUCUGUCGAAGCACCAGUGCCCUGGCAACUAAUGCGGCAUGGAGGAUUCCCUUUGGUAUUUUCAGCGUGGUGCCCACUCUUGUUAUGUCUCUGAUAUGGUUGAUUCCCGAGUCGCCUCGCUGGCUCCUGACUAAAGGCCGAGUGGAAGAGGCUCGCGAAGCACUCUACAAACUCCGCAGCGGAGCAUUCAGCGACGAAGAAAUCGCCGAAGAAUUCCGUGCCCUACAAUUCGCCCUGGCUAUCGAGCCCGAGCAGGGCAAGUCCCAUGAGAUAUUCCAGGGAGCUAAUAGAAAGCGCACGGCGAUCAUUGUAAUCAUGAAUUUCCUACAGCAAGCCACCGGCCAGUCCUUUGUGUCGUCCUAUGGGGCCGUGUUUGUCAAGAGUAUCGGCUCCGUCAACCCCUUCGACAUGACCAUUAUCAAUUCGGUUGUCAAUGUGUUGAUGCUUGGGGUCAAUUUGUGCUUGAAUGAUUGGGCCGGUAGAAGGCCCCUUCUGCUCAUCGGCGCCUUAUGGCAAGCCGCUGCCAUCUUCACCAUGGGAGGACUCGGCACCGCCGCUAAUCAAACCAUGGCCAUUAAGAAAGCCACGGUGGCGAUGCUCCCGAUCUUCUCGGGAGGGUUCUGUUUCGCCUGGGCGCCUUUAACUUAUGUUGUCACUACCGAAGUCACAACUGCAUCGGUGGCCAAUGUCGUCACUGCUUUCGCCGUCAACUUCUCUCUCCCAUACAUGCUCUAUGCUCCCGCCGAACUGGGCGGUCGCGUCGGCUUCAUCUUUGGUGGUGUGGCUGUUUUGUCCUUUGUUUUCACAUACUUUUGCGUGCCGGAGUGCAAGGGUAAGAUGCUGGAGGAAAUCGAUAUCAUGUUUCAUGAUGGCGUACCGGUGCGGAAGUUUCAGAGUACCAAGGUGGCGAAGAUUGGACUGGAGUCGGGGAAGAAUGGUGAUGAAAUAGGGUUAGAGUCUGCUAAUAGGAAUAUUUAG